UUGUUUUGUUUGUUUUUUAAAAAUACUUUCUUUGCUCUUUUCUCAUGUUCCCCUCUCAGCACGGGAUUAUGAGAUCCAGAGAGACAGGAUAGAGUUGGGUCGCUGCAUCGGAGAGGGUCAGUUUGGCGACGUUCACCAAGGAGUCUACAGCUGCCCGGACAAGCCGCCUCUGCCUGUUGCCAUCAAAACCUGCAAAAACUGCACCACAGACAGCGUCAGAGAGAAGUUCCUUCAAGAAGCCUUAACAAUGCGCCAGUUCGACCACCCUCACAUCGUUAAACUGAUCGGCGUGAUCACAGAGAACCCGGUGUGGAUCAUCAUGGAGCUCUGCACGCUCGGAGAGCUGCGGUCGUUCCUUCAGGUGAAGAAGUACAGCCUGGACUUGGCCACCCUCAUUCUGUUUUCCUACCAGCUCAGCACAGCGCUGGCCUACCUGGAGAGCAAACGCUUUGUGCACAGAGAUAUUGCGGCGCGUAAUGUGUUGGUCUCCUCUGUGGACUGCGUGAUGCUCGGAGACUUUGGUCUGUCUCGAUACAUGGAGGACAGCUCUUACUACAAAGCUUCUAAAGGUAAACUUCCUAUUAAAUGGAUGGCACCAGAAUCUAUCAACUUCAGGAGAUUCACCUCUGCUAGUGACGUUUGGAUGUUUGGAGUGUGUAUGUGGGAGAUUUUAAUGUACGGCAUCAAGCCGUUCCAGGGGGUAAAGAACAACGAUGUGAUUGGUAGGAUAGAGAACGGGGAGCGGCUGGCCAUGCCUCCCCAGUGUCCGCCCACCCUCUACAGCCUGAUGACCAAAUGUUGGUCGUACGACCCCAGCAAGAGGCCACGCUUCACUGAACUCAAAACACAACUCAGUGUCAUACUGACAGAGGAGAAGGGUAUACAAGAGGAGAGGCUGAGGGAGGAGAUGAGGAGGCAGGUCACCGUUUCCUGGGACUCUGGAGGUUCAGAUGAAGCUCCACCGAAACCCAGUCGGCCAGGCUAUCCCAGCCCUCGCGUCAGUGAAAGCUUCUUUUCCAACCACUUCCAGCCGUCGCCUGGUGGAGUCGGAGGAGUAGGAGGCAGCUAUUCCUCUUCUGAUUCGUGGAAUCAGCUCAGACCUGAACAUGCACCACUGUGGAACCCAACUAUGGAGGAGAGACUGGAUGUGAACCAGGCUCUGAUGGAAGAGACGCUGAUAAAGCAGCAGCAGGAGAUGGAGGAAGACCGGCGGUGGCUGGAGCAGAAGGAGAGCCACAUGAAACCAGAGUCCAGGAACAGCAGAGGAAGCAUCGACAGAGAAGACGGCACUCUGCAGACACCGGGAGGAAGUCCACAUAUCUACCAGCCUGUCGGGAAACCAGAGCAUGUAGCCCCUCCCAAGAAGCCGCCCCGCCCCGGAGCUCACCUCCCCAACCUGGCCAACCUGAGCCCAGUGGACAGCUACAACGACGGGGUCAAGCCAUGGAGGCUGCAGCCCCAGGAGAUCAGCCCACCCCCCACUGCCAACCUGGACCGCUCGAACGACAAAGUGUACGAGAAUGUGACGGGGCUGGUCAAAGCCGUGAUUGAAAUGUCCAACAGGAUCCAGCCUGCUGCGCCAGAGGAGUACGUCCCCAUGGUCAAGGAUGUCGGUCUGGCUCUGAGGACUCUCCUGGCAACGGUGGAUGAAACGAUUCCUGUGCUGCCAGCCAGCACACACAGAGAGAUUGAAAUGGCCCAAAAGCUGCUGAAUUCUGACUUGGCCGAGUUAAUAUCAAAGAUGAAGCUGGCGCAACAGUACGUCAUGACGAGUUUACAAAAGGACUACAAGAAACAGAUGCUAAUGGCAGCUCACGCUCUGGCGGUCGACGCCAAGAACCUGCUGGACGUCAUCGACCAGUCGCGACUCAAGAUGAUCAGCCAGAUCCGCCCACAGUAGUCCUGGAUCCAGGCGGAUCCGUACGCGGGCCGUUCGUUGGAUAUCUGCGACGGAUAGAGGAAAACAAGGGGCAGAUGUGUGGACGGCAGACAUGACUGAAACAAUCAGCCCUCAUUUUCUCCUCUGAACAACAUCCACAGCUUCCCUUCUUUCUGGAAACUCGCGUUUUGGUCCAUUUUUUUUUUUUUUUUGUGUUUUCUACAUUGUUUGGUCAUGUAUCCGGAGAAACACUAUCACUGAUGAGAAAAAGAAAAACAAAG